UCCAUGGUCCGGACCCAGCCCACCCCAGCUCAGGCUGUCAGCUGGCGCAGGAUAAUACUAGCUGAUCCCUGCGUUCAGGGAAGGCAGACCUUGGGUCGGACCUGUCGCCUCCAAAGCCGGGGCCUGGGUGUUCCCCCCCCCCCGCCCACGCCUCCCGCCCUCCUGCCGGUCGCUACCACCCUUAGCUUCUCAGACUGAGCUCCUCGUCCCGGAGAGGAUUAAAGCCCAGGAAGGCAGGGGUCGCCUGCUAAUGAUUUGGCUGUGCUGGUGGUCAUCACAUUGUUGGGAGCUACAGCCUUGGACACCCCUCACGUCAGAAGUCAGUGGGCAGGUUGACUGAGCACUGGCAGACUCCCAGCAUCAGCAUGAAUUCCAGGGUCCCAGCUACUCAGAACUGGUUCAGCAGCCACCCACCCACCACAGAGCCUGACUUGGAACCUGCCACUGAAGGGUCUACCACAGAGACUACUACCCUCAGCCCAGAAACCACAAGCUUCAAUGGCACCAGAAUCCCAGAUAUGGCAGGUGGUGCAGCUGGUGUGGGUACCAUGCUUCUGUCUUUUGGGAUCAUCACAGUGAUUGGCCUGGCUGUGGCCAUGGUUUUAUACAUCAGGAAGAAGAAGAGGCUGGAGAAGCUACGCCACCAGCUCAUGCCUAUGUACAGCUUUGACCCCGCGGAGGAGCAAGACGAGCUGGAGCAGGAGCUCCUGGAACAUGGGCGAGAUGCUGCCUCCCUGCAGGCCGCUGCCUCCCUGCAGGCCACACAGGGCAAGGGCACUCUCUCUUCCCAAGGCCCACUGCAGAGGCCUAGCAGGCUGGUGUUUACUGAUGUAGCCAAUGCCAUCCACGCGUGAGUAGCCUGAGAACAGGCCUGGACCUCUGACAAAGACACCUGCCACAGUGCCAGCAGCGCUGCCCACUUCCUGACUGUCAAGACCUAUUCUCAGGACCUGCACCAUGGCUACCACAAGACAGGAAAGGGCUGUGAGAGACCCCAGCUGUGCUGAGGCCCCAUCCGCUGACUCUCAGGCUUGAAGAGAGAGCUCUGACCAGGCUAGCCAUCUGGCUAAUGACUUCUCCUGAACCAAUGGUCCUGGCACGGAAGGCAGCCCUCAUGCAGGAAGGCUAAGAGCCACUGAUGGCUUCCUGGUCUCCUGGACAUAAACCUCACAUCAAGGUCUGCUUCUCUGAUGGGGAAGAAGGGCACAAGCUUGAAGGGCAAGGGAGAAGAGAGGCAUGCUUCCCCCCCACCCCCAGGAUUGCCUUUUUCCUUUUUUUUUUUCCCUGAAGCCUCCUCUAGGGUAAAGAGAGGCAAAUCCCCAGAUAAUAGGGACAGGGCAGGGCAGCACCUUUUGGGGAGGGUUGUUUGGUUGUUUAUUUUUUGAGACAGGGUCUUGGCUGGCCCGGAACUUGCUGUGUAGAUAAGGCUGGUCUCCAACUCAUAGAGAUCUACCUGCCUCUGCCUCCUGAGUGCUGGGAUGAAAAGAGUACCCCACCACAUCCAGCUAAGGCAGCACCAUUUAUAGGCCCAGGAGACCCAGGGACAGAGCUGGAAAUGCCUAGUAGAAAGGGCUACAGAAACCCAGGGGCUGUCCAUAGUUAGGGUACUGGAUAUCAUGGUGAGUGGGUGAGCACGAAGUCUCUCAGCCACAUAUCACUGGCAGCCAAGGCAGCUGAGAGAGAUGAGAUUGGGAGCCUGGGUAUGGAAAGAUGCAACUCCCCCAGAUGUGGAGAAAGGCUUCACACAUGUGCAUGAGUGGGCUGUACACAGACACGUACCUGUUCCAGAAUAAGAGUAAGACAGAGGCCCUCCGCAUCAGCUCCACUUUGCAAGCUGACUCCCACCCCGUGGUAUGGAGUGGAGCAUCACCAUAGGCUUCUUCCUCUCCUUUGGUGAUCAGGGCUGCAUGGAAGAGGGAAAGAGAGCUGGGUUCCUCUGCCACUGUGUUUCUUCAGUGGGCUCCAAAAGCUGGGCUGAGCUGCUCCCCUUCCAGUAUGGGGCUCUGGGAGAGGCCUUUGGUCGAAGGGCAGUCACAGGUCAGACUAGUAGGAAAAGUUACGGUUGCCUAGAGGGGAGUGUUCUUUGAGGAAAAGACCUAAGAAAGCGAGUCUGGUUUUAGUUUUGCCCUUCCGCCCUCUGCAGGAAGGGCACUCAGUGUCGUGGACUGUAGAGGGGGUUUCUGCCGUUGGUCUCACUCUAGUCUUGGACGUGGGAGGCUGACACCAGGGGCAUCUGGACAGAGUAAUCACAAAGACGGGGGGCAGUUUCUCCACUGGGACCCACACGUGAGCAUGCACAGAGGCGUGUCCCCAGCUUCGUCGCCACGGCUGUCCUCUGCUGGCUAGAGGGGCUGCGGGGGUGGCACAUGCUGUUGGGCUGAUCCCACAUGUCAGGAGGUGAGAGGCUAGGAGGAUCCCAUGGGGCCGGCUCUGGUUUUAUCCCUGCCCGGAGAUGCUAUAAAUACGUUAGCGCUUGAGCAACUGGAGGGCUCUGAGUAAUUUAGGAUGCACAACGCUGUAAUUUAACUGGCAGCAUCUCCAUGUGGGAGAGCAUUAAAGAUGUAAUUAAGAUGUUUACACAAAGAGAAUGGAGUCUUUGACACUUGGGGUGCAAAACCCCAGGAGGGGACACAGUGGGUGAGGUGAGGAUCUGUGGGAGGCCUGGGGACAGUCACUUGGGUCCCAGCUAUGAGGUGGCAGGCAGCCCAGCUGUUUUUCUUGAUCUGUCCAUGGAAACGCUUUGGCCUGGAGUCCAAAGUUGCUCUGGGGCCUCAUGCUUCAACUGGGAGAUGGGGUGACAAGGCCUGUAGUUGUGGAGAGGUCAAGAGGACAGAAUCUUGUGAGAUCAGGUCCGGAAGAGGGCUUGAUCUCCAAAGAUUGUGGAGUGCCAUAUGGUGUCUCAGGAUCCACAGGACUUAGGUUUGAAAUACAAAAGUAAAACGGUUUUCUAUGGAACACAAAGUAAAGGAUAUAUAGCAUGGGAUGGGAGUCGGUCAGGUUUUAUGUAUGGGACCCACCUGCGAGGCUAACAGAGAUUUAGAGAAAAAAGACACUGCGGUGACCAGUUUGCCCAGGAACGCUCCAGUAAUAAUGCUGAAAGCCCCUUAAGAGAGCUAACGUUCAGACUAGCAUGAUGGAAAUAUGGAGGGAGUUAGCCUCCAAGUUCCCUGAUGAGGGCUGGGCUGAAGGUGGGGGCCGUAGGUCGUGGGAUAGAGCUUCAGCAAGGCUAAGAACCGUGUACUCCAUGGGUCAAGCACAUGAGCUACAGCUGAACCUGUCAGUGAUAGAUUGGCUGUUAGGAAAGCCUCCUCGUGGAAGAUUGGCCGGGCAUGGGAUGAACAAGCGGACUGUGUGUUCCCACAUUAUUAGUCAACCCUUGGUUCAGGGAUGGAGGUGCUGCAGAGCCCUUGGUAUCCUGAAGAAAUAAGGGUGACACCCAGGGGCCAGGGAUGCUGACAGAAGUAGGAGAACCCCUGUGCCCUUUUCUUUUGCCGCAUGACCAGGCCCCUUUCCUGCAGGGUGGGCCUGGCUAAGAGACGGACACAGGCUGCUUUCUGUGAGUGGCAGGCCACCUAUUUAUAGACUGCACCCUCACGGUAAACUGUCCCUUCUACUCACCUUGUUCUGUUUUCUAGAUCUUUCUCCUACUCUCAGAAGAAAUCCAAAUUCCCGUAUCUCUCACAGAGUGUAGGGCUGAUAAACAUUGAGGUGAAAGGGUCUGGUGGAUGUGUUCUCCUUGAGGACUUAGGCUUGGUUGCCUAAGGAGACUCUCCUUGCCUCUCUCAGUGGUGAAUGGGGUAAGGCAGUAUUGCCCACCAUUGCUGCUUCUAAAAUUGGCAAUUGGGCCCCUCUGAGGAAGGCCCUCCCCCUCCCUAUAAUCAAUCAGACUCUCUGUAUUUCUAUGUCUCUCUGCCUGUCUCUGUAUGUCUUUGUCUGUCUCUGUCUCUCGCUCUCUCCCAUGCAUGAAUUCUCUCUUUAUGAAUAGCAACCAGGGCUUCAGGUCAGAAGCAGCGGGGCUGGCAGCGGGCAGUGUCAGGGUAGAUGUAGAUGGGCACCUUCAAAGGAGGCUGUCUCUUGUUUAAUAUAGUGAAGUGUCACCUUGGAGCCGAAGUGAAUAGAGUAAUCCCAUUGCUUGGCUGCCGGCAGACUGUGGGGAUGCCUUCAGAAUGUAAAGGGAAGCUCCUGUCGGAGAGAGCUCAGAAACUCCUGCAGUGCUCUGACCUUCCUGGAGACUCUUAGAAACAUUCCCUCCAGCCCAGUAGCCCAUCAGUGAGCCAACCCGCACUGUACUUUGUUCUACACAGAAGAGAAGGAUGCCAAGUAGAAAAAAAAAAGAUAAGCAGUGUUAUGAGUGCCCUGUGUGUCCAUAUCUUUAUAUUUACAGCUAAACAUAAAGAAAGGCAGAAGGUUAGGUCAGGGAAUGCCUGGAGUAUUCUGAGGCUCAGACAUCCCUAUGCUGUCCUGUGAAGCUGUACCCCUUAGGUAGGCCUCAGUGUGUGUGUCAGGGUGGGGCUUGUCUAAGAAUGUCUGAGGGAAAUCCCAGGGCAUCCUGGCCUAAAAGGGCUUAGGACAUGGGGACAACUGCAGGUGGGACAGCUGUGGCUUCCCAUAGAAUGCCCUUGAAAAGACAUACUGAGAAACGAACACGAAAUCUGUGAGCACCAGGUACAGGGAGAGGAAGAGGAUGGGGAAGAGCAGGGGCCCUUUAGGCAUCACAAAGUAGGAUUAGGACACGUGCCAUCCUGCCUGGAACAAGCCACAUGCCACCUCACUUCACCUUCAGAGUUAGUUGGCAGUGGUCACUGGCUCUUACUUCUUAGCUUGGGUCCUGCAGAGGCAGAUCAGGGUAGGGGACAGGACUCCUUAGGGACAUCCUGAUCACCCCCACCCCAAGGCCCCAAGAAAGCUAGCUGAAGCAAGCAAGCAUGCAGAGUAAGGAUAAGAAUCUCAGAGAAGGACUGGAGAGACUGAUCAGUGGUUACAGCAUGUACUGCUGUUUCAGAAGACCUCAGUUCUGCUCGCAACAUCCAUGUCAGAUGGAUCACACCCCCUGUG